UACCGAGGAACUACACGCCCCUUGACUUGAAGCAUGACUGAUAGCACGUAAAGACAACUUCUGAUAAUGUUUUGAGUAAGUAACACAUAUUAACUGCCAACGGCCGCUGAGCACCGAGGAAAGAGCGGUUGUUUCUCCUACAAAUGGCCACCAUUGCCUUUUGCUGUGUAAACAAAACGGCUCGGACUACCGCGAGAAGAUGUUUGAUUUCACAUUUGAAGGGGCUUGCUAGUGCUGGAAAGUCGCAUUUGCCGUUAUCCACCACUCACAGCCCGUCACUGACUUUGCUUCCUGGAACGAGAUGGUUUUCCAGGGGUUCCAGCGUACGGUUCAUGUCCCAUGGGACCGCAGGCAAAUCCGCAGCCGGGCGAACCAGAAGGGGAGCCCUGGCGCUCAGUGGAGCCGCAGCAGUAACAGCAGCAGCGGCAGUAGCGGGGUUUUUAGCCAACGCUAACCACUUUCAGCGUGCUGAAAUGGCAACGAAAUUAUCCCAAGCCGCUGAGGAGAAGGAGCAAGAGGGGGAUAUCCUGGAGAGAUGCCGGGGGUUCAUGUCUCCUCCGGUGACCGACAUCGGUGUGCUGCAGGAGAGGAAAGGGGAGAUGCGUACGAGGAUGGAGAUGUUGAUCAUGGAGACGCAGGCCGAGUUCUGCAAAGCCCUGCAGGAGGUGGACGGUGGGAAGUUCAAGGUGGACCGGUGGGACAGGAAGGAAGGUGGAGGAGGAAUCAGCUGUGUGAUGCAAGAUGGAAAGGUGUUUGAGAAGGCAGGGGUCAAUGUGUCAGUAGUGUUUGGGCACCUGACCGAGGAGGCCGCCAGGCAGAUGAGGAGCAGAGGGAAAGUCCUCAAAGGGAAAGAUGGUAAGCUGCCAUUUUGUGCCAUGGGUGUGAGCUCUGUUAUCCACCCCAAGAACCCACACAUCCCCACAGUGCACUUUAACUACAGAUACUUUGAGAUCGAAGAGGAAGAUGGCUCUAAGCAGUGGUGGUUUGGUGGAGGCACAGACCUGACUCCAGUUUAUAUUAAUAAAGAAGAUGCAUUUCACUUCCACAACACCCUGAAGGAGGCCUGCGACAAGCACCACCCGCAGUACUACCCCGACUUUAAGAAAUGGUGUGACAGAUACUUCUACAUCCGGCACAGAGGAGAGACUCGGGGUAUAGGAGGGAUCUUCUUUGAUGACCUGGACACCCCGAGCCAGGAGGAGGCAUUCAACUUCGUCAAGAGCUGUGCCCGCACUGUGGUGCCCUGUUACCUGCCCAUUGUGUACAAACACCUCAAUAACUCCUUCACUGAUGAGGAGAAGGACUGGCAGCAGGUACGAAGAGGAAGAUAUGUGGAGUUCAACCUGGUGUAUGACAGGGGAGUGAAGUUCGGCUUGGCCACACCUGGCUCCAGAAUUGAGAGCAUUCUCAUGUCCCUCCCCCUCACUGCCAGGUGGGAGUAUAUGCAUGAGCCUGCCAAAGGUACCCUGGAGGCUGAGAUGCUGGAGGUGUUACGAAACCCCAAGGAGUGGGUGUGACCACAGUAUUCACAGGUUUACGUGUCAAUAUGGACAAAACAUCCAGGAAACCAUCUUUGUUGUAUUUUACAAUGGUGUGACCUGUUUGACUAGAUCAGCAGCAGUUAGCACUGUAUUUACCAAAAAAAUAGGAGGUUGUAUUGCACUUGUCUGAAGACUUUUUUUAAUCUGCAUUGGUACUUUUCUCUCCUUCUUAUUCGCUAUGUUUUGUCAAAUCAGCCUUGUUAACACUUGUUAAUCACAUUGGGAUCACAUUACUACUCAUAAUGAGAUAUUGUGUUUUUAAACCUGAUGAUUGUGCUUUGUUCGUGCUUUUAGGACAUCUCACACUAAUGAUGUGCUCGUGUUUGUGUUUUUUCUGUGCCUAGGCUUAAUGUGGCUUGCUCAAUUUGAAGCUGUCAGAGCUCUACUCUUCUUUAACAACUCAUUGAAUGGGGAAAAUAGGGACAAACUGAGCCACCGUAUAUAUGUAUGUGCCACCACUGGUGUCAAAUAUUAAUAAAUGUGGUUUUGACAA